UCCCGCUGCCACGGAGUCUGCCGCUUGCCGGAGCCGAAAACUGCAGGCCACGCUGGCUGCGCAUGGAGCCGAGGACUCGCGCGGAUGCAGGAUGCUCCGGGUUGGCGAGAUCGGCGAGGCGCCGGCAGCCCGGUGCUGCUCUGAAAGUGGUGACGAAAGGAAGAACAUCCAGGAGAAAAGUGGCAUAAAUAUUGCUGCUCUUGUUGGAAAUGAACAAGUCAGUGAAGGUACAGAUAAUGGUGAUCUUUCUUCUUAUGUGUCUGCGUUCAUUGAAAAGGAAGUUGGAAAUGACCUUAAAUCUUUAAAGAAACUUGAUAAACUCAUAGAACAAAUGACAGGAAGUAAAAUGCAGUUAGAAGAACAGGUACUUACAAUUUCAUCAGAAAUUCCCAAAAGAAUUCAAAGUGCCUUAAAAAAUGCAGAAGAAUCAAAGCAACUUCUUAAUCAAUUUUUGGAGCAACAAACUCAUCUCUCCAGCUGCAUUAACAACCAUUUACUGUCUGCACAGCCCUGGAUGGACGAUCUUGGGGCCAUGAUUAACCAAAUUGAAGAGACUGAACGGCAUCUUGCUUACCUUAAAUGGAUUUCACAAAUUGAAGAACUAAGUGAUAACAUUCAGCAAUAUCUGAUGACUAAUAAUGUGCCAGAGGCAGCCUCUACCCUGGUGACUAUGACAGAACUUGACAUCAAGCUUCAAGAAUCAUCUUGUACUCAUCUUCUUGGUUUCAUGAGAGCCACAGUUAAAUUCUGGCAUAAAAUUCUCAAGGACAAGCUUACAAGUGAUUUUGAGGAAAUCUUAGCACAGCUUCAUUGGCCAUUCAUUGCAACCCCCCAAUCGCAAACUGUUGGCUUGAGCCGACCUACCAGUGCCCCUGAGAUGUACAGUACUCUGGAAAUACUGUUUUGUCAGCUGCUGAAACUACAAACCUCAGAUGAAUUACUUACUGAGCCAAAACAGCUCCCAGAAAAAUACUCUCUUCCUGCAUCCCCUUCUGUCAUCCUGCCCAUCCAAAUUAUGCUGAGUCCCCUUCAGAAAAGGUUCAGGUAUCACUUCAGAGGCAACCGGCAGACUAAUGUGUUAAGCAAGCCUGAAUGGUACUUGGCUCAGAUACUUAUGUGGAUUGGAAACCAUACGCAAUUUUUGGAUGAGAAGAUUCAGCCAAUAUUAGACAAAGUGUGCUCCGCAGUAAAUGCCAGGCUUGAAUUUUCUCGGGGCCUUAUGAUGCUUGUUCUUGAGAAGUUAGCUUCCGAUAUUCCUUGUCUACUCUAUGAUGACAAUCUAUUCUGUCAUUUGGUGGAUGAGGUGCUGUUGUUUGAAAGGGAGCUACACAGUGUUCAUGGCUACCCUGGCACUUUUGCUAGCUGUAUGCAUAUUCUGUCAGAGGAAACCUGUUUCCAGAGAUGGUUGACUGUGGAGAGAAAAUUUGCUCUUCAAAAAAUGGACUCAAUGCUUUCAUCAGAAGCUGCCUGGGUAUCCCAAUAUGAGGAUAUCACUGAUGUGGAUGAAAUGAAAGUUCCAGACUGUGCAGAAACUUUUAUGACUCUACUCUUGGUUAUAACUGACAGGUAUAAGAAUCUCCCAAUAGCUUCCCGAAAACUACAGUUCCUGGAGUUACAAAAAGACUUAGUAGAUGAUUUUAGAAUACGAUUAACACAGGUGAUGAAAGAAGAGACUAGAGCAUCCCUUGGCUUUCGAUACUGUGCAAUUCUUAAUGCUGUGAACUACAUCUCAACAGUACUAGCAGACUGGGCUGACAAUGUUGCAGCAUUGGAGGUCUUUGCAGAGAAUAAUACACUCAGUAAGUUGCAGUUGGGACAACUAGCCUCCAUGGAGAGCUCUGUCUUCGACGACAUGAUUAACCUCUUAGAGCGUUUAAAGCAUGAUAUGUUGACCCGUCAAGUAGACCAUGUUUUUAGAGAAGUUAAAGACACAGCAAAAUUGUAUAAGAAAGAAAGGUGGUUGUCCUUGCCAUCUCAGUCAGAACAGGCAGUGAUGUCCCUGUCCAGUUCGGCUUGCCCAUUAUUGCUUAUAUUACGAGACCGUUUGCUUCAGUUGGAGCAGCAGCUUUGCUUCUCCUUAUUUAAAAUUUUCUGGCAAAUGCUUGUAGAGAAGCUUGAUGUAUACAUCUAUCAAGAAAUAAUUCUUGCUAACCACUUCAAUGAAGGAGGAGCAGCCCAACUGCAGUUUGAUAUGACUCGGAAUCUUUUCCCUCUAUUUUCUCACUAUUGCAAGAGACCAGAAAAUUAUUUUAAACAUGUAAAAGAAGCCUGCAUUGUUUUGAAUUUGAACAUUGGUUCCGCAUUACUCCUGAAAGAUGUACUUCAGUCUGCUUCAGAGCAGCUUACUGCCACAGCAGCGUUAAAUGAGGUUGGAAUUUACAAACUGGCUCAACAAGAUGUUGAGAUUCUACUUAAUUUGAGGACAAACUGGCCUAACACUGGAAAAUAAUGCAUCCUUCAGAAGAAGUUUUAUGUUGCUGUUUUGUUUUUUUUUUUUAAGAAAUUGGAAGCCUAUUAGAUUUUAAGUUAUAUGAGGAAGUUGUAAAUUAAUGAAGCUGGACAAAUGAAAACUUUUACAGAAUCGUUUAUUGUCUUGGACUUAAGUUGUUAUGAAAAUGCUGACCAUAUUUCGUUUGUCCUCUUGUACCUGAGAAAAUCAAAAUCAGAAAACUCAGAAGCUAUGAAAACACAGAGUAAUUCCGUUUAGAAAUAUAAAUGCUGAAUAUGUGUAUAGAAGAAAAUACAAGAACAAAGAUAAUAAAUUAUAACCAACUUUCAAUUUCCUGUGCUAAUUAAGGGAAAACUCUGUUGUGGAUAAUCACACAUAGCCAAUGCAUUUUUUAAAAAAUCAUUUAAGAACUGGUGGAGUGGCUCAAGUGGUAACAGUACCUGCCUAGCAAGCAUGAGGCCCUGAGUUCA